UGAUCACUCCGCAAACAACCGUCUACGACAAAGUGGGGCUAUUCUCGACCGGCUACCUGCCGUUUGCGUACACUAUGUUGGAUACUGAGCUGAAUACUCAAGCCAUUGCCCUUCACAAUCAAUUUCGUGAGAAACACGGAAGCCCACCUCUUGCCUACGAUGCGAAGUUGGCCCAAACAGCUCAGAAUUGGGCAGAACAACUGGCACAGACCAAGUGCAUGCGGCACAGCGAUAUGGACACUUACGGAGAAAACUUGGCCUACAAAGGAGCGUGGGAGAAUGCUACUAUCACGGCAGAAGAAGCUACAAAGUCCUGGUAUGCGCAAGGGGAUUAUCAUGACUUCAAUGAAGGUUUUACCUACGAGACAAGCUACUUUAGUCAGCUCAUCUGGAAAGGAAGUAAAAAUGUUGGAUUUGGUCGCGCGGUUUCAGAGGACGGAGAAGCGGCAUAUAUCGUAGCCCACUACUUCCCAAAAGGCAACAUCCGGAGCGUCUUUUCCAACAAUGUUCCGAAACUUUGCUCCGCUCCCUCGGCUAACGCAAUCGGAACCCCUGUGUCCACUCCGAACAUGCGGUACACAAAACUGGAAACCAAAAAAGAGCUUAAAGAGCGAGAAAAAGCAGAGAAAAAGGCCCGUGAGCGCGCUGAGAAAGAACGAAAAGAACGUGAAAAACAAUUGAAGAAGGAACAAAAGGAGCGGGAGAAGCAGGCGAAAAAGGAUAAGCAAAAGUCCAAGUCGUUGAGUGGAAUUUAGAAAUUCGAGUCAUUCAACACGUUCACAGCAAAGGUUUGGUGCUUGUCGGAUCUUCUGUUUCGCCACCAAGAGCAGUUUAUUCGCCUCCACUUCAUUCUUCUGUCCCUUUCGAAGACUAAAUUUCGGUUGGGAAAAGAUAUUUACUUUGAUAAUAUCCGCUUUAAACGCUUCAAGCUCAGUAGUGCAACAAGGGUUUAAGUGGAAUUCUCCUGUUGGCUGAGAAGCUAUUUCGAUUAGUGUUUAUUACCUUUCCUUCAAAUCUUUUUGUCCAGAAGAUGCUUUUGAACAACAAUACGGAAUGAUGGUCGGUUGAGCAAUCCCAUCCUCACCGAUUUCCGCAUUUUUCAAACCCACAGCCGAUGUUGCUUUUGUGGCUUUUUCGUCGCACGGUUGAUCUCUGCCUGUUUAACCGUUCCACUUGAGUUUCGCAACCGUGUUAGAUGAAUCAAAUAACAGUUUUACGCUGCUCUAAGAGGUCGCUCGUGGAUCCAUUGAUGACCAAGCAUGUUUAAACAUGAAAUAUACGAUAGAAU